AUGAUGAAUCCGCCCAAUCAUGUCACGAGUCAACGGCCGAAAAGAUCCAAUCCAUCAAAAGCGAGGUUCAAUUUUUCGUUGAUGUCCCCCAUCAUCAAGCCCAUCAACCAAUUGCAACCACUGUCUGUAGACAAGCUUGAAGCACAGCCAUCUAUUAUCCAAUCCGUACAAUACUAAUCCUUCUGCUGGUGCUGAAGAGACUAGGAGUGUACCGUUUCGUUUGACCCCAAGACAGUUGAAAUACUGUACCAUAGCUGAAUGGAAGACGCAACAGAGAACAAAGACACAAGAAUCGCGAUCACUUGAGGAACCUUACCUUACAGACCGAACGAGAAGCCAUUGAGCUCUUUCGUUAUCGGCAUUUCAACACGAUCCAAUAAAUAAUUAUACAAUAUCCCAGCACCAGCUAGCUAGAUCUAGCUAGCUGCGCCCACUUUAACAAGACCAGGAUAGACCGACAGAGAAAGAGAAAGAAGGAUGGCGGACGCUUCUUCGGAACCUCCGCCCACUCUGGGAGAAAUGUUCAUUACGUCGGUGGAUACCUUGGAGGGAAAACAAAUUGAUCUCAGGGUAGCACUGGGAUGGAAUGACAGGCCUCCCUUGCUAGUGGAAAAGGGGAGCUGGCGGAAACGAGAGCGACCCGAAGAUCCUGCGUUGCUCAAAGGGAUGCUCCGAAAGGGUAUUCCACCAGUUCUUCGAUGCGCUGUCUGGCUUUCCAACAUUAUUGCAACCGUGCAUCCCCAUCAACCACCGGAAUACAGCCAGGAAUACAGAACCCUUGCCAAAGUCAGAGCCCUCGAUCUGGCAUACCAAAAUCUACUACAACGAACUAUCUCAUCCAAAGACAGCAAUAUUCACGACGAAACCACUUGGAAAGACUUGAAUACACCCAACUUUGGAAACAAUCUAGAAAAAUUCCUAGAGCCGACCAUCACCGUCAAGAGAGUCAUGAUUGGAGUCGAUCAAGUCUUGGGCGUCAUUGAAUACAGUCCCAUCCUUCCCACACUCUGCGAAUUGCUACUCUCGCACAUGAGCGAAUCAUACGUAUUUUGUGCCUUGAGAGAAAUGGCACAUGCACCCAAUUGGUACUUUCCUACCUAUCGCAGAGAAUAUGCCGCAUGGGUCAAUGCCUUUUGCGAUAUCCUGGAACGCCUACAUCCUACCACGGCCAACUUUUACAAACUGCAUGGAGUCUGGAACGUACCCGGCAUGGCACCGAUAUUCCGCGAUUUCUUUACCGACCUAUUGCCCAAGGAAUACGUCCUGCGAAUUCUGGAUAUUUAUACCUUGGAAGGAAGCAAGGUCAUUUUUCGAUUCGGUGUGGCGCUCUUGGUCUUGUUCAAAAUGGAUCAGAGCAGUAACGGCAGCAACAAUCGAUUGGACAGUAGUGAUGUCUUUGACAGUACGCGAAGUGUUCCCGAAAUUGAAUUGACUGGACUGGACAGCAACAAAGAUGGCGACAACAACAACAAUGACGACGAAAAGGAGGAAGACGUGGAGGAUCAGCAACAAGAGCAAGAAGACGAGGACUUUGAUGUCUGGGAGGCUCUGAAACUGUGGACACAUGACGAACGCUUCAACUUUGAGUUUCUCGUCAAAAAGGCAUACGGUGUGCAUGGACAACGACGUCCCCGACGCUUUCCACGACGCAACAUUAUGGCCCGCAUUAUCAAAAUGGAGGAAGAACGUCUCCUCAAUGACCCUUCCUUGGAUACAUCCGAUGUGGCUCCGUCCAGGCCUUUGGGGAUCACGGAGCCAUUUGUGCAUCCCGAGUUGGAUCGAGACGAACUCGGCAAUUACGACAAAAAACCACCCGAUGUGGUCAUGGCCCAACCCACCGUGAAUCGUGUUCUGUUGGCAUCUUGGUUGCCGUUGUCCUUGCGAAUGACCAAACUCGAGUUGCUCUUUUCCACCAAUCAUCAUGGCAGAACGCUGGAUAUGUUUUAUACCAGAGUCAAGGACUUUAAGCACACAGUGUUGCUGGCCGAAGUCUUUGUACCAGGUUCACAUACCGGUACGAGCAAUGGUGGCAGUAAUGGCAACAGCAACGAUGGCAAGACCAUUAUUGGGUGCUACGCAUCACAGGCUUGGAGGGCAUCGAACCAAGUCUAUGGUGAUGGUGAAUGCAUUCUCUUCCGUCUCGCACCUGACCCCAAGUCAUGGAAGUGGAAUCCUCGCAACAAGGAAAUCACGUUGGAGGAAGAUGGAGGAAAAACUAACGGCAGUGCUUCCGGUGCUGGCUUGAACAACAAUAGUAGUCACAACAACACUGCCUUGCUGGAACAAUUCAUGGUUGGCACCCAGAGCUACAUUAGUAUGGGAGGCAAUCCGGAUGGUUCCUGUGGUCUUCGUUUCAAUGAAGACUUUACGCGUGCCGAGUCGUCUCCAGCGGUAGGCUUUGACAAUGAACCCUUGGCGGGUAUCAAGGGGGACUUGGACAUUGGCCUGGUGGAGGUGUAUGGGUUGAAGAGGCCUACAUAAGAAGAAGAAUGAAGCAUGCCUAUUAGCUAAUGGCAAACGUAAUGAUGUUUUUUUUUGGCCAGGAGUGUGCCUUCCACACUUCCUCUGAACUGGCAACGAUGAGAUCAUGAAAAACGACAACCUGCACACAUUAACAACCGCAACCACCUGAGUACCAUCGAUAAAUGACAAGCACUUGACAACCAUUUCCGUCCAUUGUUUUUAUAUGGCUAGCAACAUGACGAAAGGUACAGUAGUAGCUAGCUAGAACGUUCUAAGUAAGAAGUAGUUGUUUCUAUUCGUUUAGAUGU